CUUAAUCGUUCACGUUUCUCAUAGUUAUCGCUAAAUUCACUUUGAUUAUGAUGUUCCUAGCAUGGAAUUGAAAUUAUAAAUAUAUAUUGGAUACGUACGGGUGUGGUUAGAGAAGAUGGUCCGAAAAAAUACAUUACUUUUUGUUAUCGCCGGCUCCUUAUUGUUUUCCGUCGGGGUGUCGGCACAGCCUUUUUCCGCAGAGAAGAUUGUAGUCGGUGCAAUCUUCGAUCAAAACACAGAAGAGAUACAGAAUGUGUUCAAAUAUGCGUUGACGGUGCACAACCAGAACAUAAGUAGCAAAAGAUUGGAACUGCAGGCGUACGUCGACGUCAUUAAUACAGCUGAUGCAUUCAAGCUAUCCCGACUUAUUUGCAACCAAUUCGCACGUGGAGUGUUUGCGAUGCUCGGCGCAGUGACUCCGGAAUCUUUCGACACGUUGCAUUCGUAUACCAAUACGUUCCAAAUGCCAUUCGUCACGCCAUGGUUUCCUGAAAAGGUAAUACCACCAUCAUCCGGGUUAAUUGAUCAUGCGGUUAGCAUGCGACCUGAUUAUCACAAAGCUGUAGUCGACACUAUUUUGUACUACGGCUGGAAGGAAAUCAUUUACAUGUACGACUCACAUGACGGUCUGCUUCGGCUGCAACAACUGUACCAGACAAUGCAACCGGGUCGGACAACGUUUCGUAUAUCACUCGUGAAGCGAAUUAAUAACGCAUCAGAUGCAAUGGAAUUUCUGUUGAGUUUGGAACAGUAUGACCGAUGGAGCAAUAAACGCAUAGUGCUCGACUGUAACGCGAAAAAUGCGAAAAACAUACUAGUGGAGCAUGUGCGAAAAGUACAAUUGGGCCGUAGAACCUACCACUACAUGCUCAGUGGGCUGGUUAUGGACGAUCAUUGGGAAAAUGAAGUAACGGAAUACGGUGCUGUUAAUAUCACUGGUUUCAGAAUUGUGGAUCAUUCACGGAAGAUCGUGCGUGAUUUCAUGGACGGCUUACGAAGAAUGGACCCCCGUUUCAAGGGGACCAUAUCGGCGCAAACUGCGCUUAUGUACGACGGUGUACAAGUACUUAUGGACGCGCUUGGACGACUGAUGAGAAAGAAACCUGAUGCGUUCAGAACAGCUUUACGCCGUGCUGCAGCGCAAGCGAACCUUACCAAAGUAAUAGACUGCAAUCCUAGCAAGAGCUGGGUUGUACCAUUCGAACAUGGUGAUAAAAUAUCAAGAUUAAUAAAAAAGACGGAUAUCGAGGGUCUUACGGGAAACAUUUCAUUCGACGAAGAAGGUCAUAGAUAUAAUUUUACUUUACAAGUUGUAGAAAUGACAGUUGAAAGUGCGAUGAUUCAGGUAGGUACAUGGACGGACAAGCAAGGGCUUACAUUAGUAUCACCAAAGUAUAUACAACUUCAUUCUCCGUCUUCUCUGGACCCAAAUAAAACGUACAUCGUAACAACAAUACUGCAAGAACCUUACAUGAUGCAGAAACAUGAGACGAUUGGCUAUAGCCGGAAAGAAGAUCAGUUGCAUGGAUUUUGUAAAGAUUUAUUUGAUAUAAUUGCAAAGAGACUCAAAAUUAAAUAUGAAUUUCGACUCGUGAGGGAGAACAAAAUUGGAAGCAAUAGUAAUACUGACGCUUGGUCCGGAUUAAUAUCGGAAGUAGUUAAAAAGGAAGCGGAUUUAGCAGUGGCUCCUUUAGCGGUUACAAUUGAAAGAGAAAAGUUGGUUGAUUUUAGCGAACCUUUUCUUUCAAUCGACAAUCCCGUCGUUCUUACAAGAGCGCCAAAGCAACUAGCUGAUACGUUCAGUUUUCUAAAACCACUGUCAAAGGAGAUAUGGCUAUGUAUAAUCUUUAGCUUUUUCGCUGUAAGCAUUGUAUUAUUCUUAGUAUCAAGAUUUUCACCAAAUGAAUGGCGAUCUGUGUCAAUUUCGGACACACAUAUUGAACAACCAUUAUCAAGCACCAAUGAGAUAAUAUUACACAACGAGUUCAGCAUUUGGAAUUCCUUUUGGUUCUCCCUUGGAUCGUUUAUGCAACAAGGCAGCGAUGUGGUACCAAGGUCGCUAUCGGGAAGAAUCGUUGGUACAGUAUGGUGGUUCUUCGCCCUCAUCCUCGUGUGUUCGUACACCGCUAAUCUUGCUGCCUAUCUUAUCGUAGAACGUAUUGCGGAACCGGCUCAAGCCCUACAAUACGCAUCGAAAGUUCAUACCGAAAAUUACAUUUCAGCUUUAUACACUUUAGUGAACGAUCCUGUACUUAUUCCAAACGCUGAAACUGUCAUACAAAGAAAUUAUAACGUAAAUAAUGAUAACUGUAAAACAUUGACUCGCGUAUGCCGAUAUAGACAUGUGAAUUUUGCCAUCGCCAUGCCGAAAGGAUCACCGCUAAGGGAAAGUAUUAAUCUUGCAAUUGUAAACAUGAAACGGGAGGGAGUUAUUACAAAACUGUGGCAGAAAUGGAUUACAAUUAUCGAUAAACCUGAAUGUGAAACCGUCAAAGACGAGGAAACCGCAGUGACUGAAAUGACUCUAAGUCAAGUUGCUGGUAUAUUUUACGUGCUCGUUGGCGGAUUGGCGUUAGCUUUGACUGUUGCAUUAUUGGAGUUCUGUCAACAUGGUCGUGCUGAAGCUGCUCGAGCUAAUGUGUCACUACGCGCUGCGCUGAGAGCUAAAGCAAGGCUGGCGUCGCGUUCUCAGCAUAAGACACCACCGCAACGUACACCACAACGUGAACAUGAUCGUCUAGGAUGGAAUGGAUCUGCUUUUGCUGGGUAUUUUGCGACUGGCAACCAAAUAUCUCAAGAGGACGCUGUGCACGCCAGUUUCACUCACGUGUGAUCCGCGGAGAAGGGUGGCGUAAAUAUACGUCGCUCAUCUGUCACGAAA